GAACACAUUCCAUUAGACCCCGUCCACAUCCACACAAUAAGGGGUGGGACGUGAAAACUAUAUCAAAUAUGUAAUCUUUCGGUCAGAUCAGGAACAUAAGGAGAAUGCUCGUGCUUAAUGAGACAGAACGGCGAUUUUAGUUUUCCCCGAAGCGGAAGAUAAGUUAUGCAGCAAACUUCAGCUUCGAGUCGAGUGUUUAUCAGCGCAGAUUUGGGCUGAGAUAUGUAGCCUCCUCCAUCCGUAUCGCCCACGAGCCGAGGUGGUCAGUCCCGAUAACUGGCACAUCUUAGACAUUGAAUCGUAAAUCUAUUCGCGAAUUGACACUUUUUUUUCCCGGAGAAAAUGGAAUAAGAAGAUAGAAAGUUGUGGAAUUAUAGAGAAACAUGGCUGGUGCGUGCUCGCGCCGCGCGUAACGUAUCCAAGGUGUUAGAUCAGAACAAGGAAACCAUGCGAUUUGGGUUUGAUUCAUCAAGAUUGAUGUAGAAGAAUCUUUGAUUUUAAUGAUAUUCCGUCUACAAACAAGUCUUUCAGCCAUCUGUUGAAAUGGGGGUAUAAGGCUUAUUUGUGUCAAAGUGAAGAGCGAGUGGAAUACAGUGAUGGGGAGGUCUGCUCUGCUUGUAUUCCUGCUACUGGCUGUGAUGUCUCUCUUCACCCGUGCGGUCCAUGCAGUUGAUGAAGCUGAGGCGAAUCUGCUGUGUGUGUGUGACAACCGCAAAGGAACGUGCAGCAGCAACGCGACCUGUAGAGGAGACGUGUGUUUCCACUCCACGGUGAACCUAGAGGAGGAACGAGGUUGCUUCUCCCACAGGAACCGCAAGGAGAACUGCGGCUCUAGUUUUGACGGCUUUUAUAUCCACUGCUGCUACACAGACCGCUGCAAUGCCUUAACCACGCCACCGCCCAAAAUAGUACCUCCAGAGAAGAGCCUUGUACUGUGGAUCGCAGUGCCUCUCGCGUUGGCCUUCAUCACGGGUGUAGCUCUAUGUACCCUGAGGCUGUGGCUGCGCUCUCAACGGACGCACUGCAGACUUCUGGGUAAGGAGAAGGGCCGUGAUUUAACCAUGGUGAAAGUGGCCAGCGGAGAAGAUCCAACGUACGGGGAGCUCUUUGAUGAGUUCUGUACGUCAGGAAGUGGCACCGGGCUGCCCUACCUGGUUCAGAGGACCAUGGCCAGACAGAUCUCCUUGGCAGAGUGUGUCGGUAAAGGGCGGUAUGGAGAGGUGUGGAGGGGCACCUGGAUGGGAGAGAGCGUGGCCGUGAAGAUCUUCUCCUCCAGGGAUGAACAGUCGUGGUUCAGGGAGACCGAGAUCUACAACACUGUCCAGCUCCGACACGACAACAUCCUGGGUUUCAUAGCAUCAGACAUGACCUCCAAGAACUCCAGCACCCAGCUGUGGCUCAUCACCCACUUCCACGAGCUGGGCUCUCUGUACGACGUGCUGCAGUACAGCGCCUUGGACCCGGAGAGCUGCCUACAGAUGUGUCUCUCCAUAGCCUGUGGGCUGGUGCACCUCCACACAGAGAUCUUCAGCUCACAGGGCAAGCCGGCCAUCGCCCACCGGGACCUGAAGAGCCGCAACAUCCUGGUCAAGAGGAAUAGACAGUGCUGCAUCGCUGACCUUGGUUUGGCAGUGAUCCAUUCGCAGUCCAACGACGAUCUGGACGUGGGGAACAACCCCCGCGUCGGAACCAAGCGCUACAUGGCCCCCGAGGUCCUUGACGAGACCAUCUGCGUUGACAUCUUUGAGUCCUACAAGCAGACGGAUAUCUGGGCGCUGGGACUCGUCUUCUGGGAAAUUACCCGAAGGACCAACGUCAAUGGCAUCGUGGAAGAGUACCAGCCUCCCUUCUUUGACAUGGUGCCCUCAGACCCCAGCUACGAAGAGAUGAAGAAGGUGGUGUGUGUAGACCAGCAGAGACCAAGCCCGCACAACAGGCUGCACUCACACCCGAUCCUCUCCAGUGUUGUGAAGAUCAUGAAGGAGUGCUGGUCCCAGUGCCCGGCGGCCCGUCUCACAGCGCUGCGCGUGAGGAAGACGCUGUCUAAACUGGACCUCGUCCAUGACUAUGCAUUAGACAAGCUCAAGCAGGACCUCUGAACCCGCUUCAGGAGAAGCAGUCAACAAACUUUUUUUGUCAGAUUCCUGCGGGACUAGAUGCCUACAAUUAGCAUAUUGUUUGACUUGCGCAGUCACUACAAUUUCGCUAAACGAUUGGCUUUCAGCUAUGGUGUCUAGACGAUCGAGCCCCUGGAGGCUCUUUCUUCCGCCUAGCCUACUUUUCAGUCUACUAUAUUUCCAGCACUAUAGCCCACUCCCACAGAUGAUGCGGUUUACCACUUGAGUCAUAUUUCCUCUUUUUGUUGUUAUCUGCCAAGACUGUAGACGCAAAGAGGCCAUGAAAGCACCUGGACACAGCUAAAUAUCUCCACUAAUGUUAGGCUUUAUUGUGUACUGAAACAUGGUGCUCCCAUUUCAAUGAAGCUUCUUGAGUAACGUCAUGACUUCAACAGAAACAUAAAGCAAUAAUCCUGUCAUAGCACUCAUCCUCCAAGCAGUUAUGAUGAAGACUUAUUAUUUUACUAUUAUCAUUUAAUUGUUAUCCUCUUUUUUAUUUUGUUUUUCUUUUUUCUUUAAUAGUUGACCUAUUUUUCUUAUUCAGAUUUGUAUCUCGUAAAGCACUCAUAUAGGCCUAUCUACAUCGAAACGCUGUUCUGUGGAUGACCAGUAGAGGUCAUUAGAAAAUAGGGAUUUUACAGCAGUGCUGCGUGCAAGGAUGAUUCACACAAAUGCGUUCUAUCUUUUAAUUGAUUUAAGCGCCUCAAUAGGCAUCUCGAUCGAUAAAUAUAAAUAUAUAUAUUUUUGUAUUUUCUUUUGCAUCCAAAGAAGUCAUCGAAAAGUCCCACUUGUUCUAUAUGUCUAUUUAAAAAUAAACGCAUAUCGACACAUCAAUAGAUAUGAAAUCACAUGGUGGUAUCGAGAUACCUAUGCCUUAUCUCACAUGUAUGCUCCACUCAGCGUAGGAGAAUAAAGAUAUAUUAAAUGCAAAAAUA